GGGCGGUGGCUCGGCGGGCUCUCCGCUCAGUUAUCCCCACUGGCGUCCUGCUAAGGACCAGGUGACCCAGAGCUGGUUACUUGGGAGACCAGAGCUAACAGCCCAACAAAGUCGGACUUGGUGCAGAAACGGAUGGAAGGCCGAACUUGAUGGAGAGGUGCCAGAGCCCAGUGAACCUGAAGGGGUCAGCCUGAGUUUGAAGCCUGGUGUCAUCAAUUACAGGAUCUGUGACCUGGAACAGGAUCCCCUUGAGAUCCAAAGGUCAAUGAAGUUGCCGACAGUAAGAAGUUCUUGGACUGUGGAUGGGCAAAGUCAGAUGUCCACACCUUGAAGAGAUAAGGAAAUCAGAGCAGAGUCUGCGUCGCCGCCCGCUCCUUGCCUCCCAGGGACGCCGGCCUGGGAGACUUCAGGAGUGGCCAUCUCUGAGCUUCUAACCCUAGAGACCACGGCUUCUGCUCCAGGAGGUGCCCCUACCUCUGGGGGCCAUGGGCCGGAUCACGGGACUCGUGCCCUCUCGCUUCCUGACGCUCCUGGCGCAUCUGGUGGUCGUCAUCACCUUAUUCUGGUCCCGGGAUAGCAACAUCCAGGCCUGCCUUCCUCUCACGUUCACCAGCCAGGAAUAUGAGAAACAGGACAUUCAGCUGGUGACAGCACUCUCUGUCACCCUGGGCCUCUUUGCAGUGGAGCUGGCCGGUUUCUUCUCAGGAGUUUCCAUGUUCAACAGUACCCAGAGCCUCAUCUCCAUCGGAGCUCACUGUAGUGCAUCUGUGGCCCUAUCCUUCUUCAUAUUUGAGCGUUGGGAGUGCACCACGUACUGGUACAUUUUUGUCUUCUGCAGUGCCCUCCCAGCUGUCACUGAAGUGGCAUUAUUCGUCAGCGUCUUUGGGCUGAAAAAGAAACCUUUCUGAUCACCUUCAUGGGAACGUAGGGAGGAAGGCUAGAGGAGCAAGGGACCUUUCACCGUUCCUGGAAGGAGGAAGGCAAAGUCUUAGACCUUCCCCCUAAAAUUUCAUUUGGUGGAGAAUUUUAGUGUUAAUUAUCUGUCGAGUUUAGGAUUAUCAGCGUUUUAUUUGGUGCUUUGUAAUAAAAUCUAUUUUAGAGUAAGAUCGAGUCUUAGAAAAAUUUCAGGGGAGAACUGGGGUAGCCAAACUACUAGGGAAACGGGAGGCUAUUUUCCAGCCUUGCAGACUGUAUCGCUUUUAUUUUGGUUAUUACGGCACGUGUCGGGCGGAAGGGAGUGGGCGGAGAUAUGUAAAUAAGCAAUGCUAACGUCUGUAAGCUCGUGGAGUGGAGCAUUCUGGGAAGAAUUGGUUUAUUUACCAUUUUGGCAGCCAAAUGGUAAAAAGUAUUUUAAAAGAGCUGCAAAUCAAUGGAACAACAAAUAUGGAAGAUUCUAAGUACUUUAGAUUGUUGAGGCUAACGCGUUAUAAACUCACCCUAGCUUUUAGCGGAAUCUUUUUCCCCGAGUAUGGAAUGCCCCUGAAUUAGUAUUAUCGUCAGGUGGGAUAAUCCUUACCUGUUCCUCCGUUGGAGGGCAGAAUAGAAUGUGAUGAUUGGAGGUCGCAUGAAUCGUGAUUAUCGUUUCUGCGUGAUCAGGGCUUGCAACACUCUGAUUGCUCCUAUCUGAUUCUUCCUGACGAUCACCUUUGUUGUGAGUGGAGUUUUGACUGUAAUGCGGUGUGUUUUAGUUUUUUUGUUGUAAUUGUGGACUUUUUUUUUCGUUUAAAGUUUUCUUACUUGGGUUUUUUGAGGUAGAUUGUCUUUUCUCUGAGCUGUCUUAAGUGGUGGUUAAGUGGGCUUAAGUUUUGUAUUUAAGUUCCGGGUUUUUUUUUUUGUGGCAUGUUAAUAGUAACUUUUUAUUUUGAAAACUUAAAUGAACAAAGAACGUUCUGAGUAUCUCCAGUUCGCUACCAAUAAAGCGAUAAUUAGUGUUGGUCAUACUUGGUGUUACAGAUGGUUUAUUAUCCUCACCAUAGCAAGAAGGGCCACCGCCCCCAGAGAGUGUUUCCCUGGUGGGUGGAGCUCUCACCAGAAACCUGACAAACCGGUUGUUCUCAGGAGAACAAUACCCCCCACCUCUGCCAGCUAGCACAUGAAAAGAACAUAUUUAAAAGAAAGUUAUUAAAACCCACUAUUAGGCAUUAUACACACAAAGUACAAGAGUUUAAAGUUCUAACAUGUCACAGGAUGAAUGUUCUUGGGGUCAUGUUUCCUGGUUAAGUGUAUGUUGAGAAAGUUCUCUGUAUACUUUUUAGGCCUAAAUGGUGGAACCCAGGCUGUUCUAAAUAAGCUAAAGUCAUCCAAGGAAAUACUUUCUGUUGAUGUAUCCCAGGUGAUGCCUUACACAUGUAUAAACUUUCUCUGAUUAUAUGUUUCUUCUCCUGGCAGCCGUUCAUCUUGAGCAUUCAUUCAGUACUGCUGAGCAUUCAUUCAAUACUUAACACUUACUAUAAGCAAAGCACUGUAGUAGGUACUGAGAGGAGUAGAUGUGAAUAUGAUCCAUCACAGAUAUGGCUCAUAGAGACAGACAAGAAACUAUGGUACUACCAGAGUAAUUUAAUAGCAACUUGUGAUAAGUGCUACAAAGGAGACUUAUAGAUGCUAUAGAGAGGGAUAAAUUUGCCCAAGGUAGCAGAAAUGUUGCUCCUACAUGAGCACUUUGAGUGGCUGAAGCAAAGAGAUAGGUAGGGGAGCAGAUUGUGCAGAAAGGCAAGGAAUGUGGACAUUGCUGGCAGUGGUUAGGAGGCCUGAUCAGGAAAGUCACACCACACUGCAGUCUGUUCUACCAAUUUAGUGUGUUCUACCAAUUUGUGAAAGCUGACUUUUCGUUCUACAGAAACAUUGUGGAUUGGUUGUUAAAUACAGCUAUUAUCAAAAAUCAAAUUAUGUAAAUUUAUAAUUAAAUUUUAUUUUAAAACAUAAUAAAUACUCAAAAUUCAUUACUUCCUGCUUGUUUUACUAUUACAUGCUCUUCAGGUUAUUUACAUUUUUCGUAUCUGUAUGAUAGAGAUACUGUGUAUCUCUUCUGAAAUCAUUUAUUGACAUGUAGUUGAUAGUUUGAAAUUGGCCUUGGUGGGAGUAUUUAUACCACAGAAAUUGGCAAACACAACAUAUCAGGCUUUGAUGGUUGUCUAAAUGUAAGAAAGCGAUAGAGAAAAUGUCUGUAACUGUUGCAUUGUGAAUAGCACAAAAAGUAAAGGAAAUAUUCUCCCAGGGUUUAUAAACUAUUAUCAGAUUUGCCCAACGCUUUCUCGUGAUUAGAUUGAGAUUAUGUAUUUUGGGCAAAAAUACCAAAGAAGUCACUCAAGUCAUUGAGGAACUGGACAUUUUGUUGUAUCUUCAUUUAUUUUCUUUUGUCUUACUUGAAAAUAUAAAUAAAAAUAUCAACCAGCAUUCAUGUUGGAACUAUUCCUGUAGUCGGGAUACAACUCCAUUUAUGAAAUCAUGGAUACGAGAGUAGAAUUUACAAUAAAGAAUAUUAUAUGUAUUAUUUGUACAUUUUGUGUUAUGUAUCCUUUAUAUCAGGAAAAUUUGUAAAAAACUUAUGUACAUAAAUAAAUGGAUACAUUUUUUUGAGA